GGUGGCGACGUGCCACGUCACUGCGCUUAUAUACGUGUAGUCGUGACGCAACAGUCUCGGGAUUAGCUGUCUGGCAGCAGCCAAGGAGCUGGAUGUUAUUUGCCUUGCGGGACGUUUAAGCAGCGCUCCUUCGUUAAGAAAAUCGUGACUGCCCGCGGAAUGCAAAACGACCAAUGCUUUUUUUGCUUGACGUCUAUUAUUGAGUCCUAAGAAGGGCAGCAUUUUUGAGAUUAAAACAAGAGCAUGGCCAGUCCGCACUCUCCAGGGCAGCCGGUUCUCCCUGUCAGCUUAAAUCUCAACCACAACAAUAACAACAACAGUAGCAGCGUAAAAAAAUGUGGUUAUCUACGGAAACAGAAGCACGGACAUAAACGGUUUUUUGUAUUGAGAGAAGCCGGUGAGGGUUGUCCUGCCGCCAGGCUGGAAUAUUAUGAGAGUGAGAAGAAGUGGAGGAGCAAGUCUGCCGCAGCCAAGCGAGUGAUUUCUCUGGACAGCUGUCUUAAUAUCAACAAACGAGCCGACGCCAAGAAUAAGUACCUCAUUGCUCUGUACACCCGGGAUGAGUACUUCGCUGUGGCCGCGGACAGUGAGCAGGAGCAGGAGAGUUGGUACCGAGCUCUCACCGAGCUGCUCAGCAGCGGCAGAGGAGUAAAGGAGGCGAGUGGCUGCGCAGGUACAGGAGGCUGCUGCUGUUGCCCAGGCACUGCCAAUUGCACCACUAGCUGCACCACUAACCAUCUUGCACUGACAGAGGACUAUGGACUCAUCACUCCAGCAAAUGCUGUCUAUAAGGAGAUGUGGCAAGUCAACCUAAAACCUAGGGGUCUGGGCCAAAUUAAAAACAUGACUGGAGUGUACCGGCUGUGUUUGUCUGCUCGCAGCAUCAGCUUUGUGCGUCUGAACAGCGAAACCCCUUCAGUCACUCUGCAGCUAAUGAAUAUUAGACGUUGUGGCCACUCCGACAAUUACUUUUUCGUAGAGGUGGGCCGCUCAGCCUCCACUGGACCUGGGGAGAUCUGGAUGCAAGUUGAUGACACGGUUGUAGCUCAGAGCAUUCAUGAGACAAUUUUGGAGGCGAUGAAAGCUAUGCGAGAGCUGGUUGAGUUCAGACCUCGUAGCAAAAGCCAGUCCUCAAGCUCAAACCCCAUCAGUGUGCCAGGCAGAAGGCAUCACCUGAACCAAUUGCCUCCUAGCCAGACUGGCUUGACAAGGAGAACCCGAACGGAUUUGCCUUCUUCUUCUGUUUGUGUUUCAGCUAGCACAUCCUCCCGGCUUCGCACUGCUAGUGAAGGUGACAAUCUAAGCAACAGGACAGUCGCUGGAAGUCCUCUAAGCCCCAGUAUGCUUCGUGCGCCACUUAGCCGAUCCCAUACAUUGAGUUUAUGUGGACGAAAUUCAAAACUGUUUCCAAUUCCUGGGCCACUGCAACACAGUCGGUCAAUGUCAAUGCCUGUUCCCCGAUCCCCACCAACAGCUGCCAGUCCCAUCAGUUUAUCAUCUGGCAGUAGUAGUGGACAUGGCUCAACAUCUGAUCCACUAAUUCCACCACAGUCAUUUAGUUGUAGUGCCUCUGCAUCUGGAUCACCAACUGACACAGGUUUUAUGUCUUUGGAUGAGUACAGCUCCAGUCCUGGGGAGUUAGCAAGAGUUUAUCUGAGCUGUACUAGUGGUACUCCAGAUUCUGCUUCUGCCACUCCACCUCACCAUGGAGAGUUAAAUGGUUACAUGUCAAUGGAGAGGCAAUUUCCAGGUGUUUGUCCAUGUCGUCAUCUUGAGGGCUCUGUAGCAGAAAAGUGUGCUCGGAAGAGGACCUAUUCCUUAACUACUCCAGGAAGGCAGAGAAUGGCACCACAUCAAGUCUCGUCUGCUUCUCUUGAUGAGGCCACUCUUGUUCGUGCCACAUAUAAGGGGAGCUCUGGACUUCUGUCAUCCUCCCCUCAGGUAACUUAUCAACCUUACCCAGAGGAUUAUGCAGAUGUUGAGAUUGGCCGACAGGAUAAUGAUGGAUACAUGCCUAUGUCUCGUGGCGUUGGUGUUUCUUCCUCAGACUAUGUUCCCAUGAGCCCAGCCAGUGUCUCUGCCCCCCAGCAAAUUCUGCAGCCUCGAACCUGUUGCAUUGAAUCUUUUGAAGGUUCCCAAGAAGAUUCUCCAGAUGGCUACAUGAGAAUGUGGUGUGGUCCUAAAUCUCGGACCGUACCUGUACACCAACGUCUGUCCCCUGCCGAGUCACUGACAUCUUUUACUCCUCCAGAUUAUUUCUAUAUGCAGUCUAAAAACAGUUGUUGUCAAACAAACAGUGUGGCAUCUCGAUCUAUAAGUCCAGCAGAGGCUGAACCUUAUGUCAUGAUGAGAUCCUCAGCCUCCCCUUCUCCACAUUUUCGUAUUGCUCGUCCCUCUCGACUUGCACUACCCACUCUUCCUAGUAUGAGUGAACAUCCUCCAGAAUCAUCCAGCCCUCCAGGUGGAGAAUAUAUACAUAUCUACUUUGGGGAAACAAGACCUCAAGAAUCCCUGUCUGUGCCUCCUCCCUCUACUGCUACAGAAUCUGUCCUCCUGUCUGUUGCUGGAAGUCCAACGUCGUCCUCAUCUUCUGGUUCUGGUCCUCAACGCUCCCCAAUUUCAGACUACAUGAACUUAGACUUUUGUCCCCCUUCUCCAAAAUUAAAAAUAAAUUCCUCACUAGGUCCCAAUUCGGAUUAUACAGAGAUGAGUCCAAGGAAGAUCUCGGCAUGUUCGAUGAGUGAUGCAUCCCUCAAUGAAAGUUCCUCUUUAGAGGGGGCAGGCUCUGGUGUACAGUGUCUCACUUUACUUAUGGACAAGAUACCUGGAAACUUUAGCCUGCCCAGUCCUCCCCCAGAUCCCAACCGGGGUGCCAAGCUUAUCAGAGCAGAUCCACAAGGGGGCCGGCGCCGCCACAGCUCAGAGACAUUCUCCUCCACCACUCAAGUGACCCCUGUAUCCCCUUCAUUUGCACACAGCCCCAAAAGGCACAGUUCAGCGUCAGUGGAGAAUGUGUCCACACAUACUGGUGAGACUUUGGAGGCUCCUGAGUGUGGCAGUCCCAUGUGCAGAGAAACAUCGGCUGGUUUCCAAAAUGGACUUAAUUAUAUUGCUAUGGAACUGUCACCUGAGAAGCGAAACCUGCUGCUACUAACACAAGCAUCAUCCAGGGGACAUCUACCUGCCCUGGGACUUGCAAGCCUUGACAUUGGCUCUUAUCCAAGCAUUGAUUUCUUGGGACAUAACAGGCUAACGGGUGCAACGACUGUCAGAGAGUAACAACACUAACUCUACAUUUAACAAAAGAAGAUCCUUGAGCCUACUUUUUCAACCAGAUGCUGCUAAAGUUUUGUUAUUUCCUAAUGGAUGGACAGAGUUUUGCUCAGGUAUAUACUGUGCUGAACUUGGCUACCGCAACAAAGUGAGCUUGCCCCUGUGCUGUUCAGUGGCAUUAUUCGUCAUGAUACACUUAUGACACAAAUCGCUGGAAACCGAUCUUGAGAGAAACGAUAAUUAUAUUCAUGCAAGAUGGUAACUAAUAACUGAGGCCUUCAUCUACCUACUUUAUUUAUUCUUCUGUAGGCUGGGAUAUUUAUGGGCAUCAAAUAAAACCGUAACAUCUGGCAUAUUUUACAAUAAAAUGUACUGGAUGUCCUACCUCAGUAAACAAAAUCAAGCAAGAGAAGAUGAUGGGUAACAGAUUUCAAGUUUCCUUGCGCAAUGGAGCUUCCUGGGUUAUUUGUCAACCCUUCAAGAACAGUCACACCAGGACACCAAGCAGAAUGCUUAAAAAGUAAUACAAUUCUUAAGAGACUUGGAAUGUUUGUUUUCAAAAGCGGACCAAAACAAAUCUAGAAAUGAAAAAAAUGUGAUAGCAGGGACAUGCUUUGCUCAGUUGAACUGAGCUUUAUUGGAGCCCUUACAUUUGGACUGACAGCUUAUUGUAUGCACUCUGAUAGCUGACAGAGAAUGGUUAUUUAUAUAAUUUACAGUAAAUUAUGUACAUUUUCACCAAACAUUUUUCGUGUGUAUUGACAAAUGAGUUUAUAUAUUUUAAUGUCAUUGCUUUUGUAGUUUUUGUUUUGUUUUAUUUUGAAGGUACUUGUAUUUAAAAUAAGGUACUUGUAUUUAAAAAAAAAAAAAAAAAAGAUUGUAAUAUGUUUAGCAGCCUCAUUGCUCUUAACCAAAAACCACAUUCAUGUGCCACACAAUGGAGUAUCCAUCCUUUGUAACAUCCCCCCCCCCCCCAUUCCAAUUUUGAAAUUAGCAGGUGGCAUGACUCUUCCACACUGACCAACCUGGUCUCAAAACAAGAUAUCACGGCUGAAGUAAUGUUGUAUAAUCAAGUGUGAAAUGGGAUUAUUGGCAGUAAAAAAACAAUAGUGCAAUGGCCGUCAGGGUCUGCUUUCCAGUGUUCUGAGAAAAGACGACAGAUACCACAUUUUUGUACUACAUAUAUUUUUUUAUAAGUAAAAAAGUAUUUCUUUAAUAUCCAGAUUACUGUAGAAGAGGCUCCCCAGCCUCCUCAGAAGCAUACCUUCUAUUAAAGUAACAGUAACAUGAAAAAAUUUAAGUCUUUUGAAGUAAUGAAAAUAUAAUGUAGUGUUGUGCUGCCCUGGUACAACCGGCAUGUUUGCUUCAGAAAUAUUUUAUAUAAAAAAGCCGCUGUGUAGCCAUGGGUUCAACCGUUCAAAGCAGAAAAAGGCACAGGAUACACAGCAGAUAACAGAUAAGCCCUGUAGUUUACAAAGGAAUCCUUCAGAACUCAUCUGUUAUCUACCGAGGCUACACAGCAGCUUUUUUUUUAUAUAAAUUAUAGUUUCUGAAGCUAACACACCAAUUUUAGCAGUGCAGGGCACAAGUACAUUAUAUUGUCAUUCCUUUAAAACACUUUAAUUUUUUGGUGUUACUGUUCCUUUAACCCGCAAUUGGUGUGAUGCUAGCUUGUUGUAAACCUGAAACAGCUGGAGAAGCAACUGUUGUUUUGAGAGAAAACUGUUCUUAUAUGAGGUGUGGGUUGGGAUCCACAGAGCUGUUAAGGGGUUUAGUACCAGUCAAGCAUGGAUGUCAUGCAUUUUGCUACAGACACCCCUUAUUCGCUUUUCUCAAGACCCACCCCUUUCCUGAGCACUGAAAACUAUUCUUUUGCUACUUCGCAGGGUUUUGAUGAGGCUGGAAGGAUCACGCAGGAUGUGGAAAUGAGUUUUUACAAUGUCCAAUACCCUGCCGUAGCAUUUAGGGGGCUGUAAAGCAAGGACAUGGAGACUGCAUGAUUUCUUUCCCUCCCAGCAGGAGAGCAGUAAGGCAGGUUAGACUGCCAUGCGAAAUGCGUGACACUUGACAGGAUUGGAUACAGUAAAUUAAAGCUUUCCAUGAAUCUGAACAAUAGAUUUUGCAAAUGUAAUUGUUAAAUAGCAGCACUAAGUCUUCCUGCUUACACAAUGAAAGUCUUACAUGUUUGGCUUGUAUUACCAGACAAAAUGAAUGUAAAUUCAUAUCUGAUUUCUUCUUUUUUUUUUCUAUUACGCUUUUUGUAGUAUAAUUCUUGUAGGCGGGGAAAAAAAACGUGCUUUAUAUGGCAAAUUCUGAACCACAAAUGAAAUGGUUUGGUUAUUAAAAUGAUUAUAGUGUACUUUUAUAUACCUUUAUCUGUCAAUGAUGUAUAAAGGCUUUCUAAAAUAUUUUUGGCUUAGUCUCCAAAUUAAAUAGAAAUAAUAUUUGCUAUGUAACCAUAUCGGCACUGAACGAACAGACCUGCUGACUUUGAAUUCUGAUUUAUACUUAAAUUAUUAACUUGUGUAGAUAAUAAAAUCAAUAUUGUGUAACUCUGUUUUACAGCAUACUUAUGCCGUUGGUGGGCUUCCUGAAAUCUAGCUCAAAUCUAGCUGUAAAGUUCACACAAAGCUUAUGCAAUAUAUACAUUUGAAAUUUAGUUUACAGAAUACAACCAAAAUGUACAGGUUUGCAUAAACACCAUAAUGUAUAUUUAUGUCUUUGUACAUCUUUGCCCAAAGUCAAAUUUGAAAAUAUUUUGCUAUUGUAAGUUCAAAAGUUAUUAGACAGUGUUUCUUUUUGUUUUGUUUUUGUUUACCGGGUACAUAUUGGUUUGAAUAUCAUGAUGUUAAAUAUAUUUCUUGCUAUUGUGGUAUGACAAAAGACUUAACUUAUCUUGCAGUGUCUUCCGAUGUAUAUGGUGUGUAUAUAUAUACAUAUAUAUAUUAAUAUAAAUGUGAUGCUGCUGGAGACGAAAAUAAACUGACCUAGAGUA